UUUCAUUUCCUCCCGCCCCCACCCAAUCCAUGCAGGGUCCUUUUUUUUCAUUUCAUACAGCCCCCACCCAAUCCAUGCAGGGCCAUAAUACAGCCCCCACCCAAUCCAUGCAGGGCCAUAAUACAGCCUGGGCUCCAAUACAUUCAGGGACGUGGCCAGAAGAUUUGACUACUGUCAAUGCCAUGAAUUGAUUCUUUGAUGAAGACCGGUGACAUUGCGAACGGAUUCUUCCAAAGGGUGAACCUUUCUUUCCUUUACGAGGGAAAAAAAAAUGUUGUAAAAGAAACUAUUAUAUGAAGGGCUCAAGGGAACAACCAGUGAGGUCAGGAUUUGACACUUUUGAGUAAAACUGAAAAUAAAGUUUGAAGUCUUCUCAGGCAAGUUUAACAAUGUCAAGAUGUCUAAGUUUUGGGUCCAGAGCAAGAAUAGCCUUAUCUAAUCAAUACCAGAUAUAAAAAAAAAAUGUUUAAAAAAAUAUUAGAAUCGCAAUUAUAUUUAUUGUUUUCUACAUGUUGGAAAUAAAGAAAGAUUUUUAAAUUAAGAUUUAGAAUAUAUAUAUAUAUAUAUAUUGAAAAGGGCCACAUAAUUGAAAGUCACUGAUGAGAUAAGGGACAUGAAUUUCUUGCCAUCUUAAUAUAAAUUAUGUUUUAAAGUAAGAUGUUUAGAAAAGAUCACAGUCUCCUCACUUGUGUGUUGUUGAUGUGUACAUAAUCAUGUGGGAUAAUAUAUAGGAUUGGUGCAAGUUUUUCAGUUUCAUAUGUGGAAUGAUCCAUGCAAGAAUUCUAGAUUUGUAAUGUUGAAUGAUCCAUGCAAGAAUUCUAGAUUUCUAAUAUGGAAUGAUCCAUGCAAGAAUUCUACAUUUGUAAUGUGGAAUGAUCCAUGCAAGAAUUCUAGAUUUGUAAAGUGGAAUGAUCCAUGCAAGAAUUCUAGAUUUGUAAAGUGGAAUGAUCUGUGCAAGAAUUCUAGAAUUGUAAUGUUGAAUGAUCCAUGCAAGAAUUCUAGAUUUGUAAUGUUGAAUGAUCCAUGCAAGAAUUCUAGAUUUGUAAUGUGGAAUGAUCCAUGCAAGUGUUCUAGAUUUUUAAUGUGGAAUGAUCCAUGCAAGAAUUCUAGAUUUGUGAUAUGGAAUGAUCCAUGCAAGUAUUCUAGAUUUUUAAUGUGGAAUGAUCCAUGCAAGAAUUCUAGAUUUGUGAUAUGGAAUGAUC